CAUCAUGAUUAACAGACAUAUUCAUGAAUAACAGGAUGUUGAAUUUAAACAAUAAUUAAGUUACUAAAAGCUGAGACUCACACACCCCUUAAAAAAACCUCACUGAUAAGGAAACAUUGUUGGAAAUGUCCUCUAAUCCUCCCACUGCCUGAACAAACUGAACUAGUUAGUUUAAAUUAACCAUUCGUUUGCAGACUAGUGUUUUGGGGUUGUGGCACUAAUAAAAAAUUGUGACAUAUUCUCAGUUGCCAGAUUACUUUGUACAACUGCAGCCCAAUACUACAGUCCUGUAAAAAUCCUCCUACUGAAGGGUACAAUACUGUGACUGUGUAAAAAGGCUGUGUUAUACAGAUAUGUUUAAGUUUAAUCAACCCCAGUACUUUAUCUGACAGACUGUAGUAGAAUAGUGUGUCUCAGACAUCUAAGACUGUAUCCAAGGCAACAGGGCAUCUCACUCGCGUGCUUCCCGCCGUUGAAGUUACUUGGUUAACGUUACUUUAGUUACUUGGUACUUUUACAAUAGGAUUUAACACGAUAGAUUUAGAAUAACGUUACUUAUCAACUUUGAAAAUAUAAUUAUAUCAUAACUCCGCUAUAAAUAUCACUAACAAAUAUGUUUGCUUAUGUAAGAUAUAUAGAAGACGGGUGUAAAGAAAUCGUCCCUAUUUCUUACAUUAAGGACUUUGACAGCAACUGUGAUAAUAGCAAUAAGAUCUACUGUGUGCGCUGGCAGGAGGACUAUUUUAAAGGCCAAAUAUUGUUCCUGAAGGAGUCGAGAGAAGAAGUGGAAGAGCAGCUGUCCAAGGGGAAACGCGUCCGUGUGAGACGGCUGAAGGAGACCAAACCCCCACCGGCACGCUCCGAGAAAGAGGAAGCCAAAAACAUAAAUAAAAAGGAGAAAAAAGCAGCAGAAGAGGCAAAAAAAAACAACCUCAUGGCCUUACUUAAGGAAAGAAAAAUGAAAAAAAAACUGUCUCCGCUCUGCCCACCUCCAAGCAACAAAAUGAGAGAGCAUAUCUUAUCAGAUACGUUCUCCGAAGCAGACGACAACGAUGAUGAUGAUGAUGGUGGGGUUGUUCCUCAAAAACUUUUUGAGGAUGCAAAACAAAAACAAUGCCUCUACCUCAAGAAAUUUAAUGAUGUGUCCCUUCAACUGCAGGAAACCAAAAACAAGUUGUCGGACCAGGAGAAGAUCACAGCAGCAGUCGAGGCUGAGAAUAGCACACUACGAGCGCUAAACAUACAACUGCAGCAACAUUUGCUGAAAUCACUGAACUCUGUGCAAUGCAAUGAUCCUGUAUCACAAAGCCCAGAGAAGGCCUUAAAAAUUGCAGAGUCUGGCUGUGCAGAUGAGGUGGGACCCUCUGCUUCUCCCAAAGGAGACGAGAUUCACUUGGGAGGGGAAGUAAGAAUUCGAAAAGAGACGUGGUCCAGGAUCCAGAAUAGCACCAGGGAUUCGUUAUUUGUGAAAGAGUUGGCAGUGGCGAUGUGGGGCACUAAAACCCUGGGGGAAAGGAGCCUCACGGGGAAAGAAUGCCCCUCCACCCAAACCACCAGGCAGCCUUUAACCCCACAGAAACUACACACAUUAAAAGUCUGUUACAAGGAGUGGCUGCGUCGGAAGAAUCUGGAGGAGACGGAGACGCAGGCCAGAUGGGGAAAGGCUGGACGUUUCAUAACUGAAAAAAUUAUGGACAUUAACAAACAAACAAAAAAAAAGCCACUUCAGUGAGAAUAAGAGCACUCAAAGUGCCAUGCAAUGUAAGGUCACUUAAGUUUUGUUCAUUUUGACGAUGUUGUGAUUUGCUUGUUUUUUAUGUUAAACAGUAAUUGUUUAUUGGUUCUUGUUAUUAUUAAAUGAAAAUACUGUUUUGAAAACAUUUAUGUCUUUAUUUUGGUGGUUACUAACAUACAU